GACUUGAUGUAGAGUCCCUUCAACGACAUGUCGAAGUUUUGGAGAUACUUUCUAUUCCUAGCAUGGAUGUCAUAUUUGCUUGUUUGUGGUGUGCUUCUGUUCUCCCGAGGAUUCCUGCUUCGGCGACAAGUCCAACCAGAAAAGUCAAGGUGUAUCGGCAAUGUUUAUUGUUCUAACUUUUCACCUGAAUCAAGUUCUCAUGGCAUCGAGGCAGAUUGCCCCUCUGGACCAAACCCUUUGCAACAUUUGGUGGGACAAGAAGACCUCUGCUCUCAAGGAAGGGCCAAAGUUGUUCUGGUUGUAAUAGAUGCAUUGAAGUAUGAAUUCGCCUAUUACCAGAAUACGCAAGAGCCCAGAGCUUUUGAGAAUAGACUCACCAUUCUGAGAGACCUAAUAGUAAAGCAGCCUGAUAAUACGAGGUUGUAUAAGUUUAUUGCUGAUCCUCCAACUACCACUAUGCAACGCCUCAAGGGACUGACAACUGGUAGCUUGCCCACAUUUAUUGAUUUGGGGUCAAAUUUCGCUUCUACAGAGAUAAAUGAAGAUAACGUAAUUGAUCAGUUACGCAGUAAAGGGAAGAAAGCAGUUUUUAUGGGGGAUGAUACGUGGAUUGGGCUGUAUCCCCAUAGAUUUGAGCGUCAGUACCCUUUCCCUUCAUUUAAUGUGUGGGACUUGGACACUGUUGAUACCGGAAUCAAGAAACAUUUACAACCUGAAUUAAAGAAGAAUGAUUGGGACCUAUUGAUUGCUCAUUUUCUUGGUGUUGAUCAUUGUGGCCAUCGCUAUGGACCGUUUCAUCCAGAAAUGUCCCGCAAGCUUGAUGAAAUGAACACAGUUAUCAGUGACAUUGUGAAAAAUAUGGAUAAUGACACAGUUUUGGUUGUUCUUGGUGAUCAUGGCAUGACCAAUACAGGUGAUCAUGGUGGUGAAAGUGAGGCAGAGGUCACUGCUGCAUUGUUUGUUUAUUCUCCCUUAGGCCUUUUGCCACAAAGUUGGUCUCCCAAGGGAGGCACAGUACGUCAGGUUGAUUUAGUCCCAACCCUUGCUAUGACCCUUGGUAUUCCCAUUCCAUUUUCAAAUUUAGGGUCAGUAAUAGUUGAUUCAUUGCCAAAAACAGUGGCGCUCAAGCAUUCAGGAAGUUCUUUGCAGAGUUGGCAGUUUGCAUUACUAAGUUUGUGGUCUAAUGUAAAGCAAGCUAUGACUUAUAUUGAAACAUAUUCUAGCCGCAAUAAUGAGUUUACUUCUGAUAAGCUUCAUUCCUUAAGGAAAAUGUUUAGUAGUUUUAGCGAAAAAGUAAAGAACGUUGUGAAUCAGGAAGAGUUUAUGGCCAUUGCAGAGGAAGGUACUGAGUUCCUCACUUCAUUACGGGUCCUGUGUGAGAAAGUCUGGGUCCAAUUUGAUACUUAUAGCAUGACAUGGGGCCUAAUUUUUACAUUUGUUGUCAUAAUGGCUAUUUUCUUAGUCAUUGAAGCUCUGCAAGGUGAUGAAAUAUCAUUUUCAGUUUCUGGGUCUUGUCUUGCAUUUGCUUAUUUUGGCCUUGUUUUAUGUGCAUCAGUUAGCUUUGUGUUGGGGCAUUUAGACAUUAUUCAGAAUAGUGAGUUGGUCUUUUUUAUCUCUACAUUUGGCUCCUCAUUUAUAUUUUUAGCAAUAGUUUUAGCUGCAAAUGCUGGUGCAAUCCUUUCUAAAUGGGGAAGUAUUCCCAAAAGUAAACCUUGGCUUGAAACAUUUUGGCGAACUGUUUGUGUGUUAUCUCUAUGGGCUAUGGCAUCUAACAGCUAUGUCAUGACAGAAGGAAAAAUUCUAUCUUUCUUUCUAUUAUCACUGAUUGCAACAAUGGUUUACUGCUAUAAUGUUCCAUUGGAUGAAUUAUCAGGAGUUGUGAAAAAUAAGAUAGGCAAGUCUCGAUUGGCUUGGCUUAGAUCCCAGAUCCAUCCUAUGCGUCUUAGAAUCUUAGUUGUUGCAUUAGUUCUUGCUGUUUUGGUAAGAGCCACCCAUCAGUUUUGGAAGUGCAGAGAUGAAGAAGCUGCUUGUAACAAUCAAGCAUCAAACCAACCAUCAGAACCAAAAAGGAAAGAUCUUGGUGCUGACCCCAAUUGCCUGAUCAUGCUCAUUUGUAUGGCUCUGUGGGUCACUUUUACCCGAAUGUGGCUCAGAAGUUGUGGGAAUUUGACAGGAUACUCUAUCACUGUUCUUUUUGCCCGCUACACACCAACGGUUAUGGCAGUUUGCUCUGGUGGCUUUUGGGUUCUGCAAGAACUUCCAGGAGAUACCCGCAGCCGCUUGUUCAAACCUUGGCAGCUUCAGAUUUUACCAUGGACUGUUUACACUCUGUCUGGAAUUUCACUUGCAAGUCUUAUUUUGCGCCCACUCUGUGUCUUUGUGGUCAAAUCUCGGAAUCAAUCCACAACAUUUUCUGUCACACGCACUGAAAACCCUAUUCCUCAGUUAUAUAAUCAGAUGAAGCAGAUGAUUAGUGGGAAAAAGGAAAACUUGAACCAAACUGAAACAUCUGAUGGCACGGAGAAUAGCAGUCCUGUGGUUUAUGGACUUGCCACUGUCUACAGUGCUUCAUUUACUGUACUGGCUGUAAUAUUGGUGCCAGUUAUGGGUCUCCUUCUAGGAGCCCGCUGGUCGCCCGCUCUUGUUCUCUGUGCCUGUGCUGCAACAUGUCUGCUUCUUUUCAUAUCCAUGUUACGAUUUGAAAAUAUUAUUGUCUCAGUUCAACUUCUUUCUACAUCGUGGCCUGCUGUUGUGUGCUGGUCCCUUCUGGCUCAGUAUGCCUUUUACGGCACUGGGCAUCAGGCAACAUUUCCUAGUAUUCAAUGGGAUGCUGCCAUGGUAGGCACAAGUGGGAAUAUUGCAAGCAGCAGGUUUGUGCCUGGAUUACUGAUUAUUGUUAAUACAUUCUGCUCCCAUAUUUUGAUGGGACUCCUUUUACCAUUGCUCUUGAUUGCACCUCUUACUCUGAGAGUAAUUCGCCCACAGUGGGUUUAUGUGGCAGUGGGUGAUCAAGACUUAUCUCAGGGUGAACUGAUGUUGUAUCAAAGAGAAGAUUUGGUAUAUCGUUCUCUUACUACUCUUACUGCAAGAUAUAUAUUCCUUCAAGCAGUUCGUAGCUUUGCAGCCAUGUUUUGUGCAACAAUCCAUGCCCGUCACCUAAUGGUUUGGGCAAUAUUUGCCCCCAAAUUUAUUUUUGAAGCAGUAUCUCUCUUUGUAACUCUUCCCUGUGUUCUGUUUUCCUUUGUUUUUGUUGGGAGGAUUACAGCUAGUGUUGAGUCUCUUGUUAACUCUCUUGAUCCAAGUAAUGCAAAACCAAGUAAAUCUUCUGAUAAGAAAAGAUAAUGUUUACUUGAGAUUAGUGGGUAUUAAAUAUGUCCCUUAGUCCAACGUUAAAUCCUCUGUGGUCUGAAUUCAACUUGUUUUCUAUCUAGUAUUUUGAAUGUUGUGAAAAAUGUGGCCUACUUACUAGUCAUAAGGACAAAAAGUUGAAGAAGCUACAGGUUGUGCAUUUAUAUGCAGUAGGUUUUUUAAAAGUUCUUUUUUGUUGAGUUUUUGCGUAGUGUCCAUUUUUGUUUGAUGCAUGAUAUAUUAGCUACUAAGGCAUCAUUAUAUUUUUCUUAUUUUCCAAAGGAAUGAAUUUUAUUUAGUUGUAUCUGUGUUGUGUUCAUUGUCAUAUUGUGUUCAGUAUUAGGGAGGCAUGUUGAGUCUUUCAUUGUUUACAAUAAGUGGACUGAGAUGAAGCUAUCUGUGUUCUAGUCAACCAUAUGUGCAUUUCUUUCUGAUUUCCAAGGGCACAAUUAAGAAAGUCAACUGACUGAUGUUUUGUCUUCAAAAUCAUAUUGUAUUUCUUUCUGUUAGCACAAUAGCUUUGAACAAUUUUUGUUUAUGGAGAGGAUGAAGCUCAUUACAGUAUUUAGAAGCAAUACAUAUUAAACAAAAUUGAAUUUGUAACAAUGGUGUAACUACUCUUUCUGUCUAUCCAUUUUGUGUUUUGAUUUUGUUUCUGUUAUAUUACAAUUAAAUGUACUGAUAAUUGAAAGGUAAAUUAACGUUUUGCAGCACAGACAUUCUAUCAAAUGUUGUUUGUCUUUUUCUCACUGAGAGUGAUGUCACUUGCUUUACCUCUCAAUAUUUGACUGAAAAAUGUUACCUCAAGGAAACUCUGCCAAUAUUUCUGUGGGAUGUAAGCUGUAGAGUUGCGCUGCAAAGGAUUUAGGGACAUUCCUGCAUGAAAGGCAUUGUUUGUUUAAAUUUCAACAAACCUAAGAUGCAGGAUUGCCUCUUUUACCUUUCCUCCAGGAUACGAAUUGAGAAGCCACGCAGUUUACUGCUGAUAAAAGUUGAAAAGAAAAAAACGUAUUAAAGGUUUUUAAAAGAAAA